AGCCCAAAGCCCCAAAUUUAAAGCCAUCUCCGAUCGAUCCCUCUCCAGCCAGCCGACGGUCCGCGAGGGAGAAAGCAGCAAUGGCGUCCGGCGGCCAGCGGUCCAUGGCGUCCGCCCUCCUGUUCCUGAACCUCAUCAUGUACGUCGUCGUCGCGGCCAUCGCCGGCUGGGCCAUCAACUACAGCAUCGACGAGAGCAGGAACUCGCUGCAGGUCGUGACCCCGCCGGUUCGCCUGUUCCCGAUCUACUUCCCGAUCGGCAACCUGGCGACGGGGUUCUUCGUCAUCUUCUCGCUCAUCGCCGGCGUCGUCGGCAUCUCCACCUCCCUCACCGGCCUGCACGACGUCAACCAGGGGCUCCCGGCCAACAUGAUGUCCGCCGCCGCCGCCGCGCUCGUCACCUGGACCCUCACCCUCCUCGCCAUGGGGCUGGCCUGCAAGGAGAUCAGCGUCAGCUGGAGGCCCGCGAGCCUGCGCACCUUGGAGGCGUUCACCAUCAUCCUGACCGGGACGCAGCUGCUCUGCGCCGGGUCGCUCCACGCCGGCGCGCACGCGGCCAUCCUCACGACCCCCAUCGGCGGCAGGGUCUGAUGACGUGGUCGACCGCGGCGGCGGCGGCGGCGACGACGGACAUGUAUACGAGAACGUGCCAUCUUGGGCAGGGAUUGGCGGUCUGCGCGCGUGAUCGAUGUGUGGCUGUGCACGAGUGAUCGAUGUGUGUGUGCCUGUGGGUAACUUGCAAUCCGCGUGUGUUAUUCGUUUGUAAGGUGUUGGUCUCGUGGUGAAUGAUUGAACUGUAUAUCGGCGUUUCUCUUCCAUGUAGUGAGCCUGCGAGUGAAAUUGCACUUUGCGCCCACCAAAAUUCGAAAUACGGUGGAUUGGUCCAAAGAAAUAUGUAUUCAUCAGCGAUGGAUUUUAGGCAUGGGUUAAUAAUUCUCU